AUGUCUACAGGUGAGGUGAAAAAGAUAGAAGAACCUUUAAUAUUUCAUACAUAUCCUUUGUGUAAAUACAGUGAUAUGAAGGAAGAAAUGAAGCAAGAAGCAAUGGAAAUAUGCGUUACAGCUACGGAGAAAUAUACCGAUAAUCAUGAACUAGCAGCUCGAAAUAUUAAAGAUAAUUUAGACAAAAGAUUCGGUGGUCCAUUUCAUGUGGUUAUUGGAGAAUCGUAUGCUUGUGCAGUUACGUAUCAAGCAAAGUCAUUAUUAUAUAUGUACAACGCUGGUAAUAUUGCCAUCCUUGUAUGGAGAACAGUUUCCACUUUUUAA